AUGGUGAAAGCUGUGAUUCUGAUUUCUGUGCUGGUCCUGGGGUUGACAUGGACUCUCCAGGGGCUGCCUACGGAGGAUGUGGCUGCUGGGAAGCCUGAAGACCUGGACAGUGGCUCUGAUGAGGGCUUUUCUAUUAGUAAUGCAACUGAGUUCAAUGCAACAGAGGCCUGUAAAGCAGCUCCAGAGGCAGGUCCAUGUGAGGCAAAAAUACCACGUUACUUCUACAGCUCCUCCUCAAUGAGCUGCAAAGUCUUCACCUACCAAGGGUGUGGUGGAAACCAGAACAACUUUAAAGAUGAGAAAGGGUGUUUGGAGGGAUGUCACCCUGAUGAGGCCUGUAUAGCGCCACCAAAGACAGGUCGAUGUAAGGCAUCUUUCCAACGUUACUUCUACAACUCCACCUCAAUGAGAUGUGAAGUCUUCAUCUAUGGAGGGUGUGCUGGAAACCAGAACAACUUUAAAAGUGAAAAAGAGUGUCUGAGGAGAUGUCAAACUAAAGAGCUGUGUACAGCACCACCAGCGACAGGUCCAUGUAAGGCAUCUUUCCAACGUUACUUCUACAACUCCACCUCAAUGAGAUGUGAAGUCUUCAUCUAUGGAGGGUGUGCUGGAAACCAGAACAACUUUAAAACUGAAAAAGAGUGUCUGAAGAAAUGUCACAAACAAGCAUAAUUGCAUCCAAAAGCCAACUGAAAAUCAGUGCAGAAGAAUCUGUUUCCUGAAGGUGAAGUGAAAUGAGGAAAACACAAACACAAAGAUGGAGCAUGAUCCAACUUCACAAGAGGAGCACAUCAAAGAAAUAUUGUGAUUUUUGUCAGCACUUACAGAAUAUGUUAAG